AAUAUAUAUAUAUACAUAUAUAUAUAUAUAUAUCCAUUAUGCAUAAUAUGAUACACGAUAUAUGAUCAAUACUGCGUCACACGCUCAUAUGCCAAUCAAUCUGCUGAUACUGCAAGCAAAUAUAUAUAUAUAUAGUUAACAAACAACAAGAACAAGAACAGGAAGAACAACUGCGAAGCAUAAAACAACAACGUGUCGUUGUUUUGGUGUUUCGGUUCGCAUUGACCUUUUGCCGCUCAGCUGGCAAGGGAAAAAUAUGGCAACACCGCAAGUCAAAGACUUGGUGUUGCGCUCGCCAGCUGGCUCCUCCGAUACACUCACCUUUGCGUGGCCACUGCAGAUUGGACAUGGACAGGAUAAGCAUGACAAUGGCAUCGAUAUCAUCGAUACAAUUAAAUUCGUAUGCGAUGAGCUGCCAUCCAUUUCAUCUGCAUUCGAGGAAAUCAACCUCAAUCACAUUGACACUGCCUGUUAUAAGACUAUGACAAAUCUUGUCGAUCGCUUCAACAAGGCUGUCGACAGUAUUGUUGCAUUGGAAAAAGGAACUUCACUGCCCGCCGAGCGUUUGAAUAAGUUCGCUCACCCUAGCCUUUUAAGACAUAUACUGCAAUUAGUUUACAAUGCUGCCGUACUCGAUCCGGACAAACUCAAUCAGUACGAGCCCUUCUCGCCGGAGGUGUACGGCGAGACGUCAUACGAGCUGGUCCAGCAAAUGCUCAAACAUGUCACCGUCAGCAAGGAGGACACGUUCAUUGAUCUCGGUUCCGGUGUGGGACAGGUGGUACUACAAAUGGCUGGUUCGUUCCCCCUCAAGACAUGCAUUGGCAUCGAGAAGGCGGACACGCCCGCCCGCUAUGCGGAACGCAUGGAUCUGAUCUUUCGCCAGUACAUGAGCUGGUUCGGCAAGCGCUACUGCGAGUACAAAUUGAUCAAGGGUGAUUUUCUGGUGGACGAGCAUCGCGAGAAGAUCACCUCAUCGACGCUGGUUUUUGUCAAUAACUUUGCCUUCGGUCCGACCGUUGAUCAUCAGCUGAAGGAGCGAUUUGCCGAUUUGCGCGAUGGCGCCCGAGUUGUCUCAUCGAAAUCGUUUUGUCCGCUCAACUUUCGCAUCACGGAUCGAAACCUCAGCGAUAUUGGCACAAUAAUGCAUGUUAGCGAAAUACCGCCACUGAAGGGUUCCGUUUCGUGGACCUGCAAACCGGUUUCAUAUUAUUUACAUGUUAUCGAUCGCACUAUUUUAGAGCGCUAUUUUCAGCGCCUGAAAACCAAGGGCGGUGAUCACGAGCAUGUCGGCACUGUGCGCACCACACGCGAUCGCGCCAAGCGUGAGGCAAAUGUUGGACAGCACAACAACAAUCACAGCAACAAUAACAACCACAAUAACAACCAUCAGCGGGGGGAGUUGCACCGGGAACAGCAGCGUGAGCGGGAACGCGAGCGGGAGCAGCUCUUCAAUGGUCCAGCCUCCCAGCAGCGCCAUCAAUCGCAAUCUCCGGCAAAUGUUAGCGGUGGUGGAGUAACCGCCUCCAAGACUCGCCAACAGUUGGCAACAGCCCAGCAGCAGAAAGAGCAACAGCAGCAGCAACAACAGCAGCAGCAGAAAGAGCAACAACUGCAGCAACAGAUGCAGCAACACAGUCUGGACAUGGACAGCAGCACGGACAGCGACGGCGAUGGCGAGGUGAAUAAUGGUAAUGGUGGCAACACCACAACCACCACAAACACCACCUCAACAUCGAAUGGACCAAUGACGCGUAAGGUGUGGUCGGACUGGUGCAGCUCCAAGGGCAAGAGUUCGCAGUCCGAUGACGAGGAGAACAACAAUAGCAACAGCAACAACAGCAACAGCCACCAGGGACGCGUGCCGCCUCGCACUCUCACCACGUUGAAGAAGCGCAAGAAGCUCACACGUAAAGCGGCAAUUGCCAGCAAAUCGGCAGCAGCGGCGCAACGUGAAGCGGAAGAGGCAGCUGCUGUUGCAGCGGUUGCUGCGUCCGCCACAUCCGCCUCGGCCAGCAAGGAUUCGAGCAGCAAGGAGGAUCAACCGCGGGCGGCUAGUGCGGGUCCCGGUCGCAAGGGACGAUUAAAGAAGGGGCAGCGUGGUCGCAAGUGCCUAAAGAUUGCCGGCCUCGAUGUGCUGCACAAGCAGACAGUGCUGAGCACCUCGUUGGACUCGAUGACAAAGAAGCUGCCCGCUGCACCGGGCACCGUUGAUCAGCAGCUGACGUCGCUCCUCACCGGUGACAUGUCGCACCGGGAACUGGAUAUACCCACUGCGCCGCAAGACACGCCGUAUGCGUUGCAAAUACUGCUGGAUGUGUUUCGCUCGCAGUAUAUGACGAUGAUUGACUGUAUGCGGUCGAGUGCGUAUCUGCCGCAGGUGCAGAAGCAAAUUGCCCAGGAGCAGGAGCGUAUGGCUCAGUUGAAGAACCGGGCCAACCAGCUGGACAAGCAGAUCAAGGUGCUGAUCGAUGACAGUGUGACGCUGCUGAAGGUGCGCAUGAAUGAGCUGGGCAUCAAUGUGAAUUCGCCGAACGAUCUGAUUGCGCAGGCCAAGGAGAUUGUCGGACGGCACAAGGAUCUGCAGCAUGCGGUCAGCAAGAUGCGCAACGAGGUCACCGUUUACGAGAGCGAACAGAAACUGCUGCUCAGCAAGCAGCUGAAGCAUCUGCCCGAAUUCCAGAAACUCUGCGGCGUCAACAAUGGCAGCGGCGGUGGCAACGGCAAAGUCAAAUCCGAGUUGCCACAAGAGCUGUCCGAAACGGCCGCCCAAGAGCUGGUGCUCAAGGAGAUUGCCAAUACAUUGAGUCAGCGCAAAAAGCUGUACGCCCAAGUCUCGACCAUCGAACAGGAGACGAGCACGCUGCAAAAGACUGCCGAGGAUCGCAGCACAGCUGCCGCUCUGCUCGCCCAGGGCACCAACAUUAGCCUGGCUAGCAAUGCCUCUGCUGCUGCAGCUGCUGCUGCUGUUGCCCCUGCGGCUGCAUCGAAUGUUGCCCUGCCAAAUUGCAACAAGCUGCAAGCGGUCAAAUCAUCGCGUCGCAGUCGGGAGCAUCGUGCACGCUCCCAAGAGUGGCCCGAGGUGCCGGAGGUGGGCAAAAUACAGGAGAGCAAUCCGGAGGUGCUGGCCCAAAAGAUACUCGAGACCUGUCGCCAGGUCGAGGCUGGCAAAUUUCAGGCGCCGCCAGCUGCUAUCAAUGCCAGCAGUGCAACAGUCAGCAACACUGUCAACUUUGUCAAUGGUGGCAAACCCAAAAUUGAGCUCAAGUCAACGACGUCUCUGUACAAGGAUAGCACGCUGAUGCCAGCGCCAAAGCAACAGCAACAACAGCAGCCACAACAGCAACAGUUGCCCAAGUGUGAGCUGCCUGGAUUGGGUCGCAAACAGGAAUCACCCAAGGUGGCAAACUUUGAGGAUAGGCUCAAGAGCAUCAUAACAUCAGCGCUAAACGAGGAUCAGGAGCAGCGCAGCAAAGCAUUGCCCAUCAUUGAAGCACCCGCAGUGGCGCUGCUCCAAUCGCCCGUCUCGAAACGGAGCAAGCAAAUGGCCCAAACGACGUCGGCCAACAACUUGCACAACAUCAUAACCGUGUCGACGCAGGGCUUGAUGCAUCUGAAUGCGAAUACGACCAUAUCGCCCAUAACGCCACCAUUGCCGGGCCCAAGGGCGGCUGCAGCUGCCUCGACGGCGCCACCACCGCCAGCCAAUUUGCCCUAUGCCAGCGCCUACAUGAGCAGCAAGCAGCACCACCAACACCAGCAGCAGCAGCAACACCAGCAGCAGCAGCUUCAGCAGCUGUCAAGCAAAUACGGCCAAACGGUAUCGAUCAAGGAGUCCAAGUAUGCAGCACCACCAAGAGCUGGUUCGGGUGCACCACCGCCACCGCCACCACCGCCUCCCUCAUCGUCAGCGCAAUUGGCAACGCUGUAUGCGGGACACAAUGCAACAGCGGCAACAACGGCGACGCCUGCCGAUUUGGGUUAUCAUCGACGACGCGCCUCCGUCAGCGCCAACAGUUACGAGCACUUUAUAGCCCAGCACCAGCAGCAGCAGCAACAGGCGCUUAUGUUUGCCCACGUAGCACAGCAGCGACUGCAACAGCAGCAGCAACAACAGUCGCAUCAGGCACAUCAGGCAUCACUUGCAUUACAUCAUCAUCAUCAUCAGGCAGCCGAGUUCAAAGCGCCAGCUGAGAAUCUGCUGCAGCGUUCAGGCAGCCGCGAGCAGCUAGCGGAGCAACAGCAGCAACAACAACAACAGCAGCUGCAGCAGCAGCAACACCAGCAGCAGCAACAGCACAGCUUGGAGCUGCUGCCUCGGGCCAGUUCGGCCAACUCGGACUACGCUGGUUACCGUGUGGAGCGUCUAUCCGUGCGACCGCCAAGUCGUCCCAGCUCGAACAGCUCACAGCCUGAUUAUACGCAAGUGUCGCCCGCGAAAAUGGCACUGCGUCGUCAUCUGUCGCAGGAGAAACUGAAUCAGCCGCCGCAGGCGUUGCCAACGCCGCCACCAAUGGCACUGGCGCCACCAGUGACGGCCGGCAAGACGAUUGGGGAUCUGGUCAAUGGCGAGAUCGAGCGUACGCUUGAGAUAUCACACCAGAGCAUCAUCAAUGCGGCGGUCAACAUGAGCACGGGUGCCGGCAGCGGCGUCAGCAGCGCACACUUUAUGGAACGCGCCUUUCUCGCCGAGCGGAAUAACGAUCGACUGCUGAUCAAUCUCAAUGCCCAACGGCCGGAGCGCGUUCACGUGCGGCCCAUUGGCGAUGAUGCGCCCGAGCCGCAGCCCACCAACUACAGCAGUCAGGCAGCAGCGAGCAGCAGCAGUAGCAGCAGCAGCAGCAGCAGCAGCAGCAAUAAUCUGGCCACAUUGGCCCAUGUCGCCUAUGCCCAGAAAUCACAGGUGGCAGUUUCCCGUGCAGCGUCAUCGUCAUCGUCACGUUCGGCACGCGACUAUCAACCGGUUGCUUUGCCGCGUGCGGAAAUGAACGGUUGCAUUGAGGCAUAUUUUCACGAGGAGCAGCAACAGCAGCAACAACAACAGCAGCAGCAGCAGCAGCAGCAACAACAUCACCACCAGCAACAGUACCCCAAAUCGAAGAGCACUGGGGGUGGUGCAAGUGCAUUGCGUGCACCACGCAUGAAUGGUGCCAAUCCGCCACUGGAAGGACUAGCUGCCUCGCUGCAGGAUCAUGUGCGAGCACGCAAAUACAAGGAGGAGAACGAGGAACGACAACGACGUGCUGCUGCCGCUACUUCAUCUCUGGAUCUGGCACCGCAUUUCGCGCAUCAGGCGCCGCCCGCUCAUAGUUAUCAUCAGCAGCAGCAGCAGCAGCCGCCUCCGACGCAGCAGUCGCAUCAUCACACAGCCGCUGGCAACCUUAAUGGCACGCCACACAAAGUGGAGCUGGGCAUAAAACGUAGCUCGCCACUGGCGCCGCAUCAGCAACCGUCGCGACCCGCCAAGUUGCCGCAUUUUGAUCAGCAGCCGCUUGCCCAUGCGCAUCAGCAUCUGUAUGUGAAUAGCAAUGGGGUGCAAUCGCUGCCGCCGCCCGCACAUGAGGCCAACACCCCGUCGCCGACACCGUCGUCAUCGUCCUCAUCCUGUGGCAGACGCAGCAAGGUGCUCGUGGAGCCGCCGCUGCUAAUGAGUCCCGAGAUCAAUUCACUGAUGGGCGAUGAGCGACCGCUGCAGCUGUCGACGAGUAGUCAUCAGCAGCCGCACCAUCACCACCAUCAGGUGAAAGCACAUCAGCAUGCCCAGCAGCAGCAGCAGCAGCAUCAGCAGCAGCAACAGCAGUUGCGAGGCUCCCAUCAAGGUAGCCACAGCAUCACGCCCACCAUUGUGGGCGGCCAGCGGUCGAAUGCCGCCGAUGAUGACGAUGUGAUCGCUGCCGACGAGGAGUCCCACUGGCAGCAUCGUGUCAGCUCCGGCUUUGAUCGUCUGGUGGCCUUUGCCAGCACUGAGCUGGACAAGACGCGCCGCUCCAUUGAUGGCGACACGGUGCCCGCCUCGAUUAGUUGCAACACCUCACCGGAUUCGGGCAUCACGCACAGCAGCAGCAACUCGGAUGCGGCGCGUACAUUUUUGUCCACCUCGUCAAGCUCAUCGCAACUGGAGCUGCCCAUCAGCAUCAACAACAGCAGUAGCAGUGGCAGUGGCAGCAGCAACAGCAACAACGGCCUCUAUGCCAGCCAGGUGCAUAAUCUGAGUCAUCAUCCCUACCAGCAGCAUGGUCAUCUUCAGCAGCAGCAGCAGCCAAUACAACAACAACAGCCGCAGCAGCAACAGCCGCUGCAACAGCAACAACAACAGCAGCAGCAGCAUCAGCAACAUUUGACAGAUCAUCUGAGUGACAGCAGCAUGAAGUCAAGCACCUCCUCAACACUGAACGCGAGCAGCUCGCUGAAGACGGUUUCGCCGGUGGACUCGGGCGCCAUUGAGUCACCGCCGCUGUCCGAUGUGGGCCUGCCACGGACGCCCAGUCCCAGUGCUGCCAGCGUUGCGACACCACCACUGGCCCAUGCACCGUCAUCGCUGGGCAAUGAGCUGCGCAUACCGCUCAAGUAUCAGCGCAAGUCGAAGAGCGGCUCCGAGAAGCACUACAAGAAGAAGUUCUGUGAGCGCAACUGGGAGUACGACUGCGAUGAGCUGCUGUCGUACUCCAACUCCAGUGCACCUGCAACGGCGGCCGAUGCCGCUGGCAAUGGUCCGCCAACAAUGCUUGAUCCGACGUCCGUCAGCGUGGCAGCAGCAGCAACGCCGCCAGCUGUGCUGGGCAAAUCGGGUAAAUCGCCAAAGGAGAAAUCGUCGCCGCACCACAGCAUCAGUGCGAACAAUGCAAAUGCGAGUGCCAGCUACAAUCAUCAUCACAAGUCGUCCAAGUUCCGGCCCAAGGGCAAGGACUGGGACUGGUCGCUGGACAGCAGGAGCAACACGGGCGAGCCGACAUUGAACGGGGUCAGCGGUGGCGCCACCACAACGAGUAAUUAAUAUAAAUUAAUUUAGUUAAAUUGCUGAACAGAAUGAAAAAUACGAAAGUACGAAACAAAAUGGAUUAAUGCAAAAUGAUGAGAAUGAAAAUCAAUCCGCAGCAGCCACAUGCGCACGCAACGAAAGAAAUUUAUGCAAAGUUUUGCUUUAUGUUUAAUUUAAUUUGUAAUUUAUAAUGAUUCAAUUCGAAUCGAGUUGGAUUGUCUUCUAAGGUGUAACUAAAUGAAUUGAGUUUAUUUGUAGUUAACUUAUUGUAUAGCAUUGCCUUGUUUUUUUUCUUCUAAUGUUUAUUUUUGCAAAUUAGUGUCGCAUAUUUUAACUGACCACAUAUGUGUUAGACUCUUAAGGCACCAUCCGAAAACAACCACAACCACAACAAUAACAUCAACAAAAAGCCCCCAUUUUCUGAUGAACAAUGUUACUGAUUUCAUUAUUACCAAGUUUACUAUUAUUAUUAUUAUCAUUAUUACUAUGAGUAUGAUUAUUAGUUAUAAAAUGUAUUUAAAAUUUAUUGUUUAAUUGAUUUGUAUUCGUUUUUAAGUUGUGUGUUUUGUCCUAUUAUUUGGGAAUGUGUGUUUUUUAUGAUUUUUAAAUAAAUUCUAAACUAAUU